CCGAGUGCCGCGCCUGCGCGCUCAGCCCGUCGCCGCGCCAGCCCUGCGGACGUGCGCCCGUAGCCUUCGCGGCGUCUGGGCCCUGCGAUGCGCGCCUACCCGGUCCGUGCCAGCUCCAGACAUCUGUGGAGUUUAAGAACAUGGAGUUCAUCAGAGUAUAUCACUGAAGAAUAUGAUGGCUGAAAACAAUUUAAAAAUGCUAAAGAUUCAACAGUGUGUAGUAGCCAACAAACUACCUAGAAACAGGCCAUAUAUUUGCAAUAUUUGCUUCAAGCACUUUGAAACGCCAUCAAAAUUAGCUAGGCAUUAUCUCAUUCAUACUGGUCAAAAGCCAUUUGAAUGUGAUGUGUGUCAUAAAACUUUUAGACAACUGGUUCAUCUGGAGAGACAUCAACUAACUCAUAAUCUGCCUUUUAAAUGUAGCAUUUGUCAACGCCACUUUAAAAAUCUGAAGACGUUUGUGAAGCACCAACAACUUCACAAUGAAACCUACCAGAAUGACGUUAAACAGGUCAGAAGAUUGCUGGAGGCCAAGCAAGAAAAGCCGGUAUAUGGGAUGUAUCAUACUUUUACCACAGAGGAAAGAUGGGCAUUACACCCGUGCUCUAAAUCUGAUCCUGCAUACAGCCCUACAAAGAAAAGAAAGAAUAUUCAUGCAUGUACGAUCUGCGGCAAGAUGUUUCCAUCACAAUCAAAACUUGAUAGGCAUGCACUUAUUCAUACUGGUCAGAGGCCUUUUAAGUGUGUCCUGUGCAGUAAGUCUUUCCGACAGUCAACUCAUUUAAAAAUUCAUCAACUCACGCAUUCAGAAGAAAGACCUUUUCAAUGUUGUUUUUGUCAAAAAGGAUUUAAGAUUCAAAGCAAACUUCUGAAGCAUAAACAAAUCCAUACCAGGAAUAAGACCUUUCAGACUCUUUCAUUAAAGGUGAAGAGUCCAGAAUCAUGCCCGCUGCCUAAUAAAUUAAAUGCAAAGCAGGAUAGUUUGGAAAAUGGUGAUUUAGGUGAAUCUGAGGAGAAUAAUCCACUUGAUGUCCACUCUAUUUAUAUCGUCCCUUUUCAGUGUCCAGAGUGUGAAGAGUGUUUUGAAUCAGAGCAGAUUCUCAAUGGACAUAAGUGUUUUCCUGCCAGAGGUGGCAAAAUGCCAAGCAGGCUCAAAAGAAGCUACAACUAUAAAACCGUUGUUAAAAAAAUCUUGGCUAAACUUAAACGUGCUGGGGGUAAGAAAUUAGAUAAUCUUCGAUCUGAGAAAAAAGUAUUUAAAAACAAUUUCUUGGAAAAUUGUGAUCUUAUUUCCGGUGAGCAGAGCCCUGAACAAACCCAGAGAACAUUUAUGGGCCCUCUUGGCAAGCAUGGAACAUACAAGACAGUUGGCAAUAAAAAGAAGAAAACAUUGACUUUGCCAUUUUCUUGGCAAAAACACUUCCAGAACCAAAAUGUGGGUAAAAACUUGAAAGGUAUCCUUACGACAGAAAACAUGUUAACUAUAGAUAAUUCAGCGAAUAAUAAAGACGUAUCUAUCUACGGUUCAUCAGGUGAGGAAUUCUUUAAUAACUGUGAAGUGCUUCAGUGUGGUUUUUCAGUUCCAAGUGAAAACCUACAUACUGGACAUAAGAUGUGUCCUUGUGACAAAUGUGAGAAAGUGUUCCCUUCUAUAUCCAAACUACAAAGACACUAUUUAAUUCAUACUGGACAGAGGCCUUUUGGCUGUAAUGUUUGUGGGAAAUCUUUUAGACAGUCAGCUCAUUUAAAAAGACACAAAUUAACUCAUAUUGAUAAGAUUCCUUAUAGACGAUCUCUUUGCCAAGUAGAAUUUGAAAAUUUGAACCAACUUCUCAUUCAUCCAGGUGAUAAUAUUAACUAUAAUGCUUCCCAACAAUGUCAGACUCCCGGUUUCCAAAAAUAUGAGGCCUCAGAGUCAGAUCAAAUAUCAGAAAUAAAAGUUAAGGCAGAAUCGGAGGAUUUCAUUCUUAGUCCCCCCUAUAGGAACAGGCAGCCCUAUCUCUCUAGUGUACUUUUGCAGUCAGAGCAGAGCCAUCACGGUCACUGUUGUGGUUAUUCAGGGCGGGCGGAGAGGAAUGAUGGCCUUCUCUACCAAUGCAGCGUUUGUUCCAAGAGUUUUAGAUCUCCAUCUAAACUGGAAAGACACUAUCUAAUUCACGCAGGGCAGAAGCCAUUUGAAUGCUCAGUCUGUGGCAAAACAUUCAGACAGGCUCCUCAUUGGAAGAGACAUCAACUUACUCAUUUUAAGGAGUGACUAACCACAAGAGAAAGUGGUUCUCAAAGUCAGUUAUGUAACUGACAGAACCAGUAACACAUUCGUAGUCUCUGAUAAUCUUGGUCUUAAAGCUUGUAUCAUUUAAAAUGUAUUUUUACCAAAAGGCCUUCACUAGGUUGGGUGAUUUCAUAGGCAGUUGCUUGUUCUGCAUAGUAGGAAGCAAGAUACAGUACACAGAAAAUGAAUAGGAUGUUUUAGGAACAGCCAAAUUAAAUUUAGGGGGAAGAACAUGGUUUGAUGCCACACAGUAAGCAUUUAUUUUAUUUUAAUAUAUACUUUGGCUGUACUGAAAAUAUAAAUCCCAAGAUGUGGUACAAUAACUCAGUUCAUUCAUUUUUUUUUUAAAGGACUUAUUCCUUAAGGCAUGCCAUCUCCUUAAGACUGAGAGGUAAAAAUUGGUUUUUAGCUGCAGCAAAUAGCC